AUGGUUAAGCACAACAACGUCGUGCCCAAUGCCCAUUUCAAGAAGCACUGGCAGAACUACGUCAAGACAUGGUUCAACCAGCCAGCUCGGAAGACCAGGAGACGUGCUGGUAGGACAUUUCAUCGGCAGUGCAUAUGUUUUCGGUCAACCAGGUUCUCGUUCCAAAUUUUUUUUCUAAACCUGCACCGUGACUGCUCCUGCUCGCUCUCCCAUCUGCGCUGCAGCUAGACAGAAGAAAGCGGUGAAGAUCUUCCCGCGCCCGACGUCAGGACCUCUGCGCCCCAUCGUCCAGUGCCAGACGCUCAAGUACAACAUGAAACCCAGAGCCGGAAGGGGCUUCUCUCUCGAAGAGCUCAAGGUAUUUUGAUAGAUACUUACUAAUUCCACAUAAUAGGAACUGAUCCAGUCACCUGGUCAACGUGCCCGACGCAGGCGGCAGGGAUCCCGAAGAAGCUCGCCCCCACCAUUGGCAUUGCUGUCGAUCACCGCCGGAGGAACCGUUCCCUUGAGGGUCUCCAGGCUAAUCUUCAGAGGCUGAAGACUUUUAAGGCCAAGCUUGUCAUCUUCCCCAGGCACGCCGGCAAGUUCAAGGUAAACACAGCCCAACCCCGGGCCCAUUGCUUAGAUUUUUUGUUCAUCUGUCGGGGGGUCUGAGAUCUGCCCAACCGAGGUCAACCCUGAACCCACCGAUUUAAUCUCCGAUGCUUCUGGGUUAUUUGUUCUUCCUCUCCAAAGAUUCAAUUUUUAUGCUCUGAAUGGUACCCGGUUCAUACGAUCGUCGUGCCCAUAUAAACACCGGGCAUCCUUUCCCUGUGAUUCAGGCCGGCGAUUCCGCGCCGGAAGAGCUGGCGACGGUCUCUCAGGUCCGAGGCGAGUUCUUGCCCAUUGAGGGGGGGAAGCCCUUGGUCGAGCUUGUGAAGGUCACCGAGGAGAUGAAGGCCUUCAAGGCCUACGCUAAGAUCCGCGUGGAGAGGAUGAACCAGCGCCAGGUCGGCGCCAGGCUGAAGAAGGCUGCGGAAGCCGAGAAGGAAGAGAAGAAGUAG